CUGCUCUUAAAUAAUAAAGUAGUGGAAACAAAGGUAACCACGAUUUUUUAUUUGUCAUUUUUAAAGUGUUACGACUCUUUUGUCUCAUGUGAAGUCCUAAUUUCAACUGUACCUCCACGAUAUCGCGGUUGAUUUGUGACUGGAGGGAACGUUAGGCAGCCAGCUAGCUAGCUGCUGUGUGUGCUAACCAUGUUCUAGCUAAUGAGAACACAACAAAGCUAGCGUUAGCUCCUCGUGCACUAGACUCUUAUCUGUGUGUGAAUCACUGACAUUAAAAACCUGUAACAUCAGCUCAUUUAAUAGCAGUAUAACUAAGCUUUGGAUCAGCUCUUGGUUUACAUACUAAAUGCGACAUACAGUCAUCACAUCAUCUAUUGUCAUCUAGCUAGAACUAAUGCAAUCUAAUACAUCAUUCCUGCAAUAAUCCUUAUGAUGGUUAUAAUGUGGAUUGUGUUGUUGUUUGAACUGUAUCAGAGAGGUGCUUAUUCAUCUUAAAGGUGAUUUUGGAGUUUUCAUUUGUAUUGUAUUGUUUUGUAUUGUUAGGUGUCUAAUAUUUAGUUUAUUUAAGUUUAAAUAAAUGGGGUGGAUACACGAUUAAAAACACCUUUCAAGAUAAUGCAACACAAUUUAAGAGAACCACACACUACAGGCCCAAACAUUUCCAUAAAAGGAAUCACUAAAGAACAACAAGUUUGUUUGUUAAGUACAUAAACUAGUCACUAUCUAUGUUAUCUAUUUAUGUAAAAAAAUAUAUAUUAUUGGUCAUCAUAUUGUUGUUUUUAAACACUCCAAUAUCGUCACCUGUGUCACAUUGGAGUGUCAGGAGAGCUCUAGAAAGAUGUCAACAACAACUGAACAUUAUAACCUUAAUAAAGACAGGAGUUUUUUUGUUUUAAAUUUACAUAUCUUUUAAAAUGGCAACUGAGCGUAAAUGGAUGCCAUGUUGUUUGGUGACUUUAUCAGGCGAGCAGCAAAGAUGGAGUCCAGCGAGGAGGGGGGCCUCAGCGUCGGGGGCUCUGUGGGAGACGAGAACUACUUCCUGGGAUACACCUUCACUGAUCGCUCCCACUCCAGCCGGGUGGUGAAGAGCAUCAUGGACCUGUGUCUGGAGGACGGCCUGUUCGCUGAUGUCACCGUCAGCGUGGAUAGCAAAGAGUUCAACCUGCACCGGCUGGUGCUUUCGGCACAGAGCAGUUUCUUCCGCUCCAUGUUCACCUCCAACCUCAAAGAGUCCCACAACCGCUCUAUUGAACUGAAGGAUGUCAGCGCCACCGUCUUUCAGCUGCUGGUCGACUACAUAUAUCACGGCACAAUUAAAUUGAGGGUGGAGGAGCUUCAGGACACGUAUGAGAUGGCCGAUAUGUACCAGCUCACCGCACUGUUUGAGGAAUGUUCCCGCUUCCUCUCACGGACAGUAGAGGUCAAGAACUGCCUGCAGGUGAUGUGGCUUGCCGACAGACACAGUGACCAGGAGUUGUAUACUGCAGCAAAGCAUUGUGCUAAAAUCCACCUGACGCAGCUGCAUCAGACGGAGGAAUUUCUUAAUCUGCCUCUCUGUCUGCUCCUGGACAUCCUCAAAGAUGGAGUUCCGAGCUCCCAGAAUCCAACAGUGGCCAUCCAGUUGUGGAUAAAUCACAACAAGGUGGAGAGAGAGGAGUUUUCUUGUAUCCUCCAAGAAAAUCUCAAGGAAAUCGGUGAGAACGUCCACAUUUACCUGAUCGGUAAAGAGGAGGCGCGGACUCACUCCCUGGCGGUGUCGCUUCACUGCGACGAGGACGACGCGAUCAGCGUGAGCGGCCAGAACAGUUUAUGCCAUCAGAUCACUGCAGCCUGUAAACAUGGAGGCGACCUGUAUGUGGUGGGGGGGUCCAUUCCUCGCCGCAUGUGGAAGUGCAACAUGCACACCAUGGACUGGGAGCGCUGCGCCCCACUGCCCAGAGACCGCCUCCAUCACACCAUGGUCUCUGUCUCUGCAGAGGACGCUAUCUACUCACUAGGAGGUAAGACAUUGCAGGACACACUCUCAAACGCCGUCAUCUACUACACAGUGAAGGACAACAUGUGGACAGAGACCAGCCAGCUGGACACUGCAGUGUCCGGGGCUGCUGGUGUGAACCUGGGAGGUACCAUCUACCUGCUCGGAGGGGAGGAGAACGACAUGGACUUUUUUACGAAGCCAUCUCGACUGAUUCAGUGCUUUGACACCGCCUCCCAGAAGUGCCAGAUCAAACCGUACAUGCUGCCGUUCGCGGGCUGCAUGCACGCUGCGGUCCACAUGGACGUGAUCUUCGUUGUGGCCGAGGGAGACUCCCUGGUGUGCUACAACCCUCUGCUGGAGAGCUUCACCCGCCUGCGCUUCCCUGAGGUGUGGAGCUGCAUUCCGUCACUGUGGAAGGUUGCCAGCUGUAAUGGCUGCAUAUACGUCUUCAGGGACAAAUGCAAGAAAGGGGAGGCAAACACGUUAAAGUUCAACCCGGCCACUUCUGUCGUCUCCGUUAUCAGAGGUAUGAAAAUCCUCCUCACAAACUGGCAGUUUGUUUUGGCCUGAACUGUCCUCUGGAUGUUCAUACUGUGGUCGCCGCCAUGGACAAUCAGGGAAGACUGUUGGAUAACUUGCCAUGACUUCACCGCUCAGACAUCCGGGGAGGGGAUCUGCUCUAAAUGUAUUUACUCAACUGGUUUCUGUUUCACUCAUUCCAUUCUGACUUCAACCUCAGACCAGUAGAAAUAGUUCAGCGGGUUUUUUUUUUUUCACUUGCUUGUGUUAUUCCUGUGAGUCUCAUCGUUGAUCCCUUUAGCUUAGAAGUCACAUGAUUUGUAGGGAUGCUGUAAAGAGUGAUGUACUAAUUGACAUUGUUUCCUGUGCCACUGAUUGGUUGUUGACACGCAUGCACAGCUUCAGCUUAAAACUUUACUGAAACAUAAAACAUUCUUCGGUAUAUUGUACAUUAUUAAGUGUAUCAUGAUGUUGUGGGUUAAAUAUUCUCAGAUGUCAAGUUUGAAGUCAAUUGUGCAUAAAGAUGAUAACUGAGGAUGUUUUCCAACUUUUCAAUUUUUCAUAGUUUCUUGUCUUGAAAUUGUACUUUUUGAUGUACAACGUACAUGUUCAAGUUAAACUGUUUACAGAAAUGUCAAAUAUAUUGCUGUAUCUACAAGAUGUCACUGUUUUUCUCAUAUUUAUGGCUCUUUAGCCUUUAUGCAUUAACUCUCUCACUAUUAACACCAUGUUUAUUACCAGGGACUUAGGAUCUUUCAUUCUUGCAAUUAUACAGCGAUGCAUUUAGUGCACUUUGUUGCUGUGUAGCUAAUGAAAGCUUUGCCUCAACAACGACAUAACGCCGAACAGUGUUUGUCUUUGGAUCGGAAAUGCAUCUUGUGAAUGGCGAGGUGGUAAAGGUGCCUGUUUUGUCCUUGGAGGGGGGGGGAGUUGGAGGAGAGAAAGCUACUACAGAGAGGGCUAAACUUUGAUCCCAUUGAUGUGUUGCAGGAGGCUGUGCAGCUGAAACCCAAGCCCAGUAACAUGUCAGACUUUGUGAACUAUUCUAAGCAUCAGUUGCUGACGCCAAGAUGAGGGGUGGGGGGUUUCUUGGGGGCACACAUGCGCCUCCAUAAGAACUCCCAAUAGGAACCGACGGCCACUACGAGCACCAUCUGACUUGCAGUCCCUUAUUCAUUUUGGGCAAUAGCUCCCAUAGCACAGUCCACAGUCCCACAUGCGAGUCCGGUGAGGUCGAUUUGCGGAUGUGUAUUCAAUGCUCCAGAGGGUUGUAAAGUAAAAACGUUUUGUCCAGCGUUUGGUCGGUGAGCGAGGUUUAGUGCGAAGGUGGAUCGCUAGGAGCUGCACUGACCUUGGGGCUGCUUGCUGAGGACAGGACAGAAUUCCUGAAGAGACACAUGGUCUAGAGUGACAAGGCCAUCU